GUUAUGCGGUUGGACCGGGUCCGUCCUGCGUACGGUCCGGGAAAACGUGCUGCUAAAACGUGCGCCAGGAAGCCGGUUCUUCUCUGCGAAUAUGCCAAAAGCAGCAAGGAGCAAAGGAGGUGGGCAGGAGAGGAAAGUCGUCCAUCCUUACAGCAGAAAAGCUGCUCAACUUACAAAAGAAACACAUAAAAAGGACAAAAAAGAAAAGUUGAAAAAUGAAAAGGCCUUUCGUCUCAGCAUUAUAGGUGAAAAAUUGCUCUGGUUUCAGAGCCACCUUGACCCCAACCAGGUGGAAUACACAAAAAAAGAAGCCUGCAAACUAACAGAAAAUUAUUUGCAGAGAUUUAGUGAUGAGCUGGAGCAAAUUGAACUGCGUAACAGCAUUAAAGGAAGAAAGGCAAGACAGCACAUUUCUAGGGAAACAGUGAUCAAGCAGACUAUGGAACGUGAAAGACAGCUGUACGAAGGAUAUGGACUUGAUAUCCCUGACAUUGUGAACUGUAAGCAUCUUAAAACUUUCAGAGACUGGGAUGGUGACCUGAAGAAACUGCCAAACAUUAAAAUGAGAAAGAUAUCUAUUAAUGAUGCCCUUAGUGGUAAGAUGGAAGGGGCAACCACUGAAGCGGAAAAGGAAUUAUGUGAAGCAAAGGACAUGGACUAAUGAGCACCAACUUCUCUGGAAGAUGAAAGGUGAAGCAGAAUGCCAAGCUACCAUUUUAAUUAUCAAUGGAAGCAGGAUGAAACUUCAUUUUUACUUAUGUGAAAAGAACCACCUCUGGCUAUGACUAGCAUUGUAACUUGUGAAAUAUUGGUACAAGUUGUCAUUGUUGUUUAAAAAUAAGUAAUGUAUUAAUAUUCAUAAAGGCAAGAAAGACAAUCUUUCUUGUAACAUAAACAAGUCGAUGUUAAUAUAUUAUAACCUGAUUCUGGUUAUGCUAAAAGUCCUUGAAAGCAACAGGGAGUGGGAUUUAAAGAGCAGCAGAAGAGAGCUAAGCUUUUUUUCACUUUUGUUGCCAUAAUGUCUGAUAUGAUGCUGAUUGAUUUUAACUUACACUUUUCUAUAUUGCUGGACACACUUCAGUAGCUCUAGCAUAGCCUUUGCCCAACCUGGCACCUUCCAGAUGUGUUGGACUGCAGCAUCCAUAAUUCCCCACCAGGGUUGGCCAUAGGGGAAGAUGGCCAGCGGCUGUGCUGCCUGGCAAUUGUAGGAGUUCCAUUUCAGCAUGUCUGGAGGGCUCUGGGGUUGGGUAAGGCACCUUUAGGGGGUGGCAGUAGCACAAUCAAGGCAAUAGCAUUUAUGCAGUGACACUCCAUAGUGCAUUCUUAAAGGUGCUAGUACUGUUACUGUUAUCUCCUUGUCACAGUAUCUCAUUUUUCAAUCUAUCUAGUUCAUCUCUUGUCUCUUGGAGGAAGUGACUCCAAUAUGUUUGACCAUCUUUCCAAUCCUAGAGACUAAAACUUGUAAAGGACCGCUUAUCCAGUCUCUUCUUCCUCAAAUACCCUUCAAGAUGGCCUUAGUGGCCUGGAGGCUGGGUGCAGUUUCUAGUUGUUAGUCACUUGCUUAUGUAAGUGUCAGCUCUUAGUAGGCUUUGGUUUCCUUUCCUCUGAUGGGUGGAUGGGGAAAGAAAAGAAUGGUAGAAACUAAACUUGAUUAACUGGGAUGACAUGGAAUUACAAGUCUAAAACAAACAUGAAAUGGUGUUUUGGCAUUUUUCUUUUAAUGUGCAUAAUAUUUCUGUUAUAUACAAGCUUAAACAGGAAUUUCUACCAUUCAGGAUUAAUUCCAUUGACAGGAUUAAUUUCAAUUUUCCCCACUCCUAAUGAAAAAUGUCAUUUUUAAUCUAAGUCAGAACUUUUUUUGGAUACUGAUAUGAUUUGGAUAAGAGCAAAAUAGUGACAUUUAGCCAAAGAAGAAUGCUUUAUGGAAUUACUUGGCACCACAUAUUUGACAUGAAUUUGAAAUGCUAGUGAUGGGAAAUAGGUAAGAACACUUCUAAAUUAUUUUCUUAUGUGUUCUCAGUGCACAUAAACCUCAGUGUUUGGAGGCUCAGUGUUCAUAAGCCUCCAAAUCCUAAGGCUUAUGUGCAUUCAGUGCAUGGUGCAAGGUUCAAUGGCAAUUUCUACUACUACAUACCUUGCACCCUACACAUAGUGUGAGCAGUCAGUUUCAGAAAUCCAGGUGGAUUGGAGUGUUCAAAUGGGAAAAGAAUGAGGCUGGAGCCCCAUUUGGAUACAAUGUAAGCUGCCUGGCCCCAGCUUCCCCCC